AUGUUCACCAUCCCCUCGUCCCCGCCCCCUUGGCACACACUUGUACCACUGCGCUGGAUGCUUCACUUCCGGGAAAUCCAGGCUGCCCAGGGACAGCCGCAGAUCCGCAGGUAUUCCAGGGGGAUCGGAGCUUGGUUCAACAUGCUGGGCAUCUGCGUUUGCCUCUGCGCGCUCUUCACACACGUCCUGUCCCAGGAGGCGGAGGAGCCCAUCUCCUACACUUGCACUGAGGGCUAUGAAUAUGACAGUGUGAGAGAGCAGUGCCGAGACAUCGAUGAGUGUGCCUUGUUGGAUGAUGCCUGUAAAGGUGGGAUGCAGUGCAUCAACCACUUUGGGGGGUAUCUGUGCCUCCCCAAGAAUGCAGUGAUCUACAUCAGUAAGGAGGCCACAGAUGUGGUGUCAGAGGUGGGCCCCCCUGUGGUACCAGUGGCCCCAGUGCAGCCGCAGCCGCCCAGAGUGUUCCCCGGAGGGCGAGGGGGGUCCCAGGGUACCCGCACGGUGCACUGCACCCCUGGAUUUAUCGCAGAUGACCAGAACCUGUGCAGAGGAAACCUCCAAAUGCAGCAUCAGGCAGGUAAAAAGGAGAAAAGUAACCUCAAGCAAAGCGUAGCCAUGGCCAGCUUGUUAUAG